AUGCAGCAUGACCUGUCCGCGAAUAUCGCAUCCACCGACUUCUGCCCCGACGACCUUGCUCGGUACGGAAUUAACUCUCAGAUCAGCUGCCUUGCCUACGACCCCGUACAAUCGCUAUUAGCAGUCGGCACGAACGAGAGUAAAUUCGGCGAUGGAAAGAUUUACAUAUUCGGGCAGCGACGCGUGCAAAAGACCUUCCAGCCCGCGAAACCCACGUCCUUGCGCUCGCUGCACUUCACGGGGAAUAAACUUGUGAGCCUCGAUAGUCGGAACGAGCUGACGAUAUGGGAUUUGAAUUCGGCCAAACGCAUCGCCGGCGGUAUUGUGCCCGGCGGCGGCGUGUGCAUUGCGACCGAUCCCAUGCUGGAUUGGGCGAUGCUGGGGCUCACCAACGGAGAUAUACUAGCCUAUGACCUGGAUCGGGAGAGGAUCGCGAGGUCGUUUCGGCUGCCGAACUUUUGGAAGGAGAGGGACCCUCACGCGAGGCAGGUCCAGAUUGUCGACAUCGCCUUUCACCCGAGGGAUAUUGGGAAGCUGUUAAUUUCCUACACCCACGGCGCCGUCAUCUACUCCAUCAAGCAGGCCCAACCGCAGCUCUUCUUCGAGUACGUCUUGCCACCCGGCGCUCCGGGCGGGAAGGCUUUUGCGACCGAUACGACGAGGACGCCGAGACUUACGCAUGCGCAGUGGCAUCCUUCCGGGACCUUUGUGUUGACGGCCCAUGAUGAUGGGAGCCUAGUGUUUUGGGAUACGAAGGAAGGGAAGCUGCUCAUGGCGAGGACGCUGAUGGACAUGAGGGUUGACCAACCAACGAGGCAGCAGCCGGUGCCAAAGAUGAUUGCGCCCUUCACGAAGAUUUCGUGGUGUUGCAAAGAGAAUCCCGACGAUACUGGCCUGCUGAUUGCUGGUGGCCACUCGCCCGAGGAUCCUCAGCAAGGACUGACGUUUAUCGAUUUGGGCCCGACUCCCAUGUACGCUACGUCGUCGUGGCAGGCCCUAUCGGAUCAUUUCUGCGGGAGGAGACACAUCAGCCUGCCCUUGCCUCCGGGCGUCCAGGUCGAGGACUAUCAGCUGAUUGCGCGAUCUUCGCCGCACUUUAACGGCGCUCAGGACCCGAUUGCCAUCAUUGCGCUGUUGACAUCUGGCGAGCUGCUCACAUUGAGCUUCCCUUCGGGCUACCCCAUCAGUCCUACGAAUCAGCUACAUCCAUCUCUGCACUUUGUACACCCGUUCGUCACGAAGGUCAAUGUUGCAACCGUCGAGCGGACACGAUGGCUCGGCAUGGUCGAAACGAGAAACCAAGGCGACCCCAUCCUAACGGGAGGAGCCGAGGCCGUGAAACCCAAGAGGAAGUUCGAGAACCGGACUAUCCUUCAGGUCGCACACGCUGACGGCACCGUUCGCAUCUGGGAUUCCGGCCAUGGCGACGACAUCGAGAACGACUCGCAGCUGCAGGUGGAUGUCGCGAGGGCUAUAUCGAGGUAUGACAGCGUCGAGAUUAGCGCCAUGAGCAUGGCUUCGAGCACCGGCGAGUUCGCCGCCGGUACGACGGCCGGUGAGGUUGUUAUCUACCGGUGGGGGCCGAACCAGUUCUACGGUCGAGACAGCGCCCAACCGCACGAGCCAAACCCGGGCGGUCUCACCGACAUCACCUCGCGCGCCGAACCGCCCCUGAAGUCCGGCCUCCAGCCCUUCACCCUGUACGACAUGGCCAAGGGCUCUAUUACCGCGCUGUGCGUGUCCGACGUGGGGUUCGUCGCCGCCGGGUCCGAGGGCGGCUUCUUCAGCAUCAUCGACCUGCGUGGUCCCGCCAUCAUUUUCCAGGCGUCCUUGUCGGAGUUCGCCAAGAGCGAGAAGCGCUCGUCGUUCCUCAAGGGUAAGACGACCGCCCGGAGGGAAUGGCCCGUCGAAGUCAAGUUCGGCGUCAUGACGCUCGAGGGCGAUAGCUACUCGAGCAUCGCGUGCUUCGUCGGCACCAACACGGGCAAGGUCAUUACCUUCAAGCUGCUGCCUGCUGGCGGGGAGGGGUACACUGUCAAGUUUGCGGGAGUGGUGGACUUUGGGGACCCCAUCGUUGCUAUUUGCCCGAUCGUCGCGGAUACGGGGAAGAUUGCUUCUGCUACGGGUCCGGUGGUGGCUGGUUUGAGGAGUGGGCAGCAGGUGAAUGGAGUCUUGGUUGUUGUCACGCAAACGGAAAUCCGCGUCUUCAAACCCGCAACAUCCAAAGGUGCCUCCAAAUCCUUCGACGACAUCCUCUGCGACGCCGCCUCCGUCACCGAGCUCGACUACCGCGGCACCGUCAUAGUCGGCGUCUUCGGCGACAACACCACGCGCGCCUUCACCAUCCCCGCUCUCAAAGAGAUCGCCAAAGCGCCCCUUCCAGCACAACUUGACUCAACCCGCCGCUCCGCCACCCUCGCCACUGAAAACGGCUACGUCUUCGGCUGGAACGGCCCCAGCGAGCUCGCCCUCUUCCACGUCUGGGGCCUCGGCGAACCCCUCGCCAACUCGGCCGAUCUCAUCCUUAACCCUGAGCUCGCGACGCCACCGCGCCCGACGAUCUCGAACCUGCAGUGGAUCUCGGGCACGCAGUACGUGUCGCCGACGGAUCUGGAUUUGCUCAUCGGUGGGCCGGAUAGGCCGCCGAGUAAGAGGAUGUUGGAGGUGGCGGCGGCAGAGCAGCGGGCUAUGAGGCUUUCGCAGGGGGGUGCGGCGGGCGCGGCGGGUCCGAGUGCCGCCGGAGGGAGUCAGGAAGGGUGGGGGGAGUAUUUGACGAGGCAGCUGAAUGAGAGGACGGAGAAGUUGAAUUUGAUGGGGGAUAGUAUGGAUAAGUUGCAGGAUGCGUCGCAGGGGUGGGCGGAUGAUGUUAGUAAGGUUGUGAAGAGGCAGCAGAGGAAUUUGGUGUUGGGAUCGAUUAAAGGGAAGUUUAUGUAG